GACACAUACUACACCACAAACACAUUUAGAGGGGGGUGAGAAUGACACAGUAGAAUGAUAUGUUGUAGAUGUCAGAGAUCACCCGGAGCUUAAACAGGUCCCAGAGAAGCUCUGGUCUACUGGGAAGACUGAUGUGGGGUUGAUGACUACAGCGAGUCCAGUAGUAAUAAAGCCCAAAACGUCUUUUAGGCCAAGAGUGAAACAAUAUCCCUUGAAGCCUGAUGCAGUGGAAGGCAUUAAACCAGUAAUAGAGGAUAUGAUUAAAGCAGGGAUAUUAGUUGAAGCUCCACAGGCAGUAUGUAACACACCCAUCUUCCCAGUUAGAAAGGCUGAUUCACAGUCGUGGCGCAUGAUUCAAGACUUAAGAGCUGUAAAUCAGGCAGUGGAGAGUAUAGCUCCAUGCGUCCCUGACCCCCAUACCUUGUUAAAUCAGCUUAAGCCAGAUAAGACACACUUCACUGUGGUAGAUUUAAGUAAUGCUUUCUUUUCCAUACCAGUGCAUGAGAAUUCACAGGGCUGGUUUGGUUUUACGUAUCAAGGCAAAAAAUACACAUACACCAGAUUGCCGCAAGGUUUUUGUGACAGUCCUACAAUUUUCACACAGAAUAUUACAAAUUGUCUGUCUGAUUUUGUAAUUCCAUCACAUUCACAGAUGUUGGUAUAUGUCGAUGAUAUUUUAAUUGCAUCCAAUUCAGAGAAGAAUUGUAGAGACAUGUCAUUGGCAUUGCUAACUCACUUAGCUGAGACAGGUAACAAGGCCUCACUUUCAAAGCUACAGUGGGUAAAGACAGAAGUGAAAUUUUUAGGACAUCUACUUAGUGCAGCAGGGAAGAGCAUAGAUCCAGAGAGGAAAACAGCUAUUUUGGCAGCACCUAGGCCAGUGACAAAGAAACACAUGAUGCAAUUUCUAGGUUUGCUAAAUUUCUGUCGAUCAUGGAUGCCCCAUUACGCUGAAGUUGCGCAGCCAUUACUAGAUAUGAUGUACAGUAAACCUUUAGCUAUGUCAGAAAGUUUGAGUUGGACCCCUGAGGGGGAGCAAGCUCUGUGCAUGCUGAAACAGAUGCUGACAGGAGCAUCAGUUCUAGGGCUUCCAGAUUAUAACAAGCCUUUUGUUCAAACUGUUGACUGUAAAGGACAUUUUAUGACGUCCAUGUUAGCACAAAAGUGUGGAGGUAGGAUGAAGCCAGUAGCUUAUUAUUCUAAGAGGCUGGAUUUAGUGGCUUGUGCCUUACCUCACUGUGUGCGAUCUGUGUGUGCAGCUGCUGAAGCCGUAAAGUGUUCUGGUGAAAUUGUCUUGUUUCACCCUUUGACCCUGCUAGUUCCACAUGAGGUGGAUGUUUUAUUGCUGCAGACUAAAAUGACAUUCUUGUCACCAGCAAGACACUUAUCUUUAAUGUCAUUGUUGCUCUCCCAGCCACACGUAACUAUUAAGCGGUGUACAACUUUGAAUCCCUCUACACUGUUACCCACAGAGGAAGAGGGUACACCACAUGUGUGUCGUGAGCAUGUGGAAACACAGUGUAAACCUAGAAGUGAUUUAACGGACAUACCACUCACUGAGGGCAAGGUUUGGUUUGUUGAUGGUUCAAGUUUUAAAACGGCAGAGGGAAAGACUAAAACAGGCUUUGCUGUUGUGGAUGAUGUGCAGGUCAUCCGUGCUGGGCAGUUAUCGCAUUCCAUGUCUGCCCAAGCAGCUGAGAUAGUGGCUCUUACAGAAGCCUGCAAAGCAGCUGAGGGGCAGGCAGUGACUAUAUACACAGACAGUCAAUAUGCCUAUGCCACACUUCAUUUCUUUGCCGCUCAGUGGUCAAGACGAGGCAUGACAACAUCAACAGGGAAACCUGUGGAGCAUGCAACACUUUUACAGGACCUGUUGAAAGCAGUCUUGCUGCCCAGUAAAGUUGCGGUUUGUAAAUGUGCAGCACACACACGUGGCACUGACCCCAUUGUACUGGGCAAUGCCUUUGCAGAUAAAAUUGCAAAGGAAGCGGCCCUUGGAACACAUGGGGUUCAUAUUCUGGCGUCUCAGGAGCAAACUAUGCCCAUUACACAUGAUGUGUUAGCAGACAUGCAGUCACACUCACCUUCAGCUGAAAAGCAACUAUGGCUCACUAAAGGAGCGAGCCUGAGAGGUGAUGUUUACUAUCUUUGUGAUAAGCCUAUAUUGCCUAAGAACUUAUAUAGGACUGCUGCAAUUUUGAGCCAUGGGCUCUGCCAUGUCUCCACAGCCGGGAUGGUGGCAGCAGUCGAACAGCAGUUUUUCACACUGGGAUUCAAUGCUUAUUCAAAACGUUUCUGUAAAGCAUGUUUAAUAUGUUGUAAACAUAACGCUCAGGGGAACCCCAGACCUAGAAGAGGAAGGUUUCCCAGACCCAGCUACCCAUUUGAAGUAAUCCAUAUGGAUUUCAUUGAGUUGUCUAACUGUAACACCUACAAGUACUGCCUGGUAAUUGUGUGCCCGUUCUCAAAGUGGGUUGAAAUUGUCCCCACUAAGAGAGCAGAUGCUAUUUCAGUGGCUAAGGUAAUAUGCAAAAAUGUGAUCCCAGAGCAUGGGAUCCCCCAGACUGUAUACAGUGACAAUGGUCCUCAUUUUGUGAAUGAAGUAAUUGAGAAAAUGUCACAACAUCUGGGGAUAACACUGAAAAACCACUGCUCAUACCACCCACAAAGUGCAGGGCUGGUUGAAAGGACUAAUGGCACAGUAAAGCUGAGACUCAGGAAAACAAUGGAGGAAACAGGCAGAACAUGGGUAGACUGCAUUGAGCUGGUGAAAAUGUAUAUGAGAAUUACGCCGACUGAUAAUGGUCUAACUCCAUUUGAAAUAAUAUAUGGCAGGCCAUUUAGAGUUCCAGUGUUUUGUAAUGAUAUUGAUAAAGCAGAAGAAGAAAACACACUAGCAGACUGGAUGAUUAAAAUGCUGAAAAGCAAAGAAGUCAUGAGUGCAAAUAAUCUGCCAGAUGAUUCUGUUUCUGUACAGGAAGAACGUCUGAAGCCAGGGGACUGGGUGCUGAUAAAGGUCAUAAAGAGGAAGUGCUGGUCGAAGCCACGGUGGGACGGACCGUACCAGGCUCUGCUGACAACACCAACAGCUGUGAAAAUUGCAGAACGACCCACCUGGAUACACCAAAGCCACUGCAAAAAGGUGACACACAUCCAGGCCAGCUCGGAGUAAGUGGCAGGAAGGCCGGGUACAAAGGGGAGGGAAAGCCUCCAGGGCCCCUCGUCUCAAUCCGGUGAAGAAACCAACUGAGCCACAGGUACUCAUCAGAAUGGCUGGAAAAGUGUUGUCCACCCUGCUGGGUGUAAUGGCUUUGAUGUCGUCAUGGUCAGCAGUGGAGACCCUGUAUGUCCGAGGAAACCACACCCAAUACCCUCAUGGCUAUUCUACAAACUUUUGGUGGCAGUUUAUGAAUACAACUGCUCACUUGAGCAAUAGGACGGACUGCUAUGUGUGUGCUCAUAUGCCGUUGUCCGCAUAUACAUCUGGAUUGUGGCCGUACAGCAUAACAGAGGACAGAAGUUGGUGUCUGUUAGGUUUAGCAACUCAUCCAGGCUACAGAGUCCUCUGGUCCAAAGCCAACUACAGUACACCUCUGAACAUCACCUGGAGUAAGUCGCCACUUCUGAACGUGAAUUGUUCUGGACAAACUGACUUAUUGGCCUGGCCUCAAGUGUCAGACCCGCUGCCAGACAUAAUAUUGCUGAAUAAGCUAGACGCAGCUCAACUACCAGUGUGUGUGAUGAACAAUGGAACACUGUCAGUGGGGGAGCUGCCGCUUCACUUAUGUGGAUACAUAUACACCUACUGCCCUCCAGAGAAUGAGAGCAGGUGUAUGAAAUGCUUGACCAGUGCGAAGUGUGCUGAGAACUUGACAUUGAGGAGGACCGAAUGCAAGGUCAACCUGGCUUACAGAAUACCAGUAAAAGCAAAGAGCCAGAAGUGGACAGACUGUGCACAGACAGUGCCGAGCAGUAAAGGAACAAGAGUGUUGGCUGAUUGGUACUUCCUGUGUGGACAUAAAGCCUAUCUAUCGCUCCCUGAGGGAUGGGGAGGAUUGUGUGCCUUGGUGAAGUUAUCGGAUCAUGUCUUCUUCAUGGACAGAGUUGAACAUCACCCUAGCAACCGACGGAAGCGUGAGGUGGAUAUAGCCUCACCAAAUUCUUUUGGAGUAACAGUAGACACUGGAGUGCCACGGGAAUUCCGCAUUUGGGGUGGAGGAGCUAAGUUCUUCCAAAGUCUGAUCCCAAACAUCGGAGUUGCAGAGGUGCGGGAUCACGUGGAGAUCAACCGGUAUGCCCUACUGCGACACAUUAAUCUCACUAAGAAGCUGGGAACAGCCUUA